AUGAUAGAAAAAGACUGGCCGGGUCGCCUUCCUUUCCAGGGCUACUUGCUGGAAUAUGCGAGGGACGGAGGGACAUCUGAGAAAGGCUGCUGGGUGCAUAUCAUGCCAGGGGCUGUACUUAGGAAGCAACACCGAUUAUUCCUCCCCGGCAGGGGCCGCGGUCCUCCCCGGAACAGCGCUCUCCAGCUUUCUCCCCCAACCCCAGUGUCCCAACUGCCCCCUCCCUCCCCGUCCGACCGCCACCGCUCAUUGAGAAAUCACGGUGGUCCUAUCGUAGAGACUCGCCCAGAGCCUGGCCUCUGGCUCCACGCUCAGACCCGCCCCGCUAGGACGGCGUGGAGGGGACGAGAGUCGUGCGCUCGUCCCCCUCUCCCCCCAACGCACGGGACAGCGGGGUGGCGGCGGGCACGGCGAGGGUGUCUGCACAAAGCAGGGGAGGAAGAUUCCUUACCACCCCCGGCGACAACUUUCACCGGACUUCAGCUGGCAGCCCUGUGUCCGCCUACCUCCCCUCUCAGCCAGUUUACCUCUAAGCACACACACCCCAACCCCGCGCCUAGUCCCGACCCCGCGCCCCAGGCCGGACUCCGCCGCGCGUCCCUGGCAGCCCAGCAGAGGCGGCGGCGGCCUCGGGCGCGCGGGUAUCUGCGCCGCCCAGAUGAACUAGGGCCGCGGUGGCGGCGGCGGCGGCGGCGGCAGCGAGAGCAGCGCCUCCCGCCGCCGCCCGGGAGGAGCUCGCCGCGCCCGCUCGCCGCCUCGGCUCCCAGCGGCGGCGGCGGCGGCGGCGGGAGGCGCGUCUCCCCGGCCCAGUCAGCGCCCGGCCCCGCGGGGUCGUCCCGGCCAGUUACAAGGAAAAACUGCAUAGAAAAUCUAAUGGAUGAAGAUGAGAAAGACAGGGCAAAGAGAGCUUCUCGAAACAAGUCUGAGAAGAAGCGUCGGGACCAGUUCAAUGUUCUCAUCAAAGAACUUAGCUCCAUGCUCCCUGGCAAUACGCGGAAAAUGGACAAAACCACCGUGCUGGAAAAAGUCAUUGGAUUUUUGCAGAAACACAAUGAAGUCUCAGCGCAAACGGAAAUCUGUGAUAUUCAGCAGGACUGGAAACCUUCAUUCCUCAGUAAUGAAGAAUUCACCCAGCUGAUGUUGGAGGCACUGGAUGGCUUCAUCAUCGCAGUGACAACGGAUGGUAGCAUCCUCUAUGUUUCUGACAGUAUCACGCCUCUCCUUGGGCAUUUACCGUCAGAUGUCAUGGAUCAGAAUUUGUUAAAUUUCCUUCCAGAACAAGAACACUCAGAAGUGUAUAAAAUGCUUUCUUCCCAUAUGCUUGUGACAGAUUCCCCCUCCCCAGAAUACUUAAAAUCUGACAACGAUUUAGAGUUUUAUUGCCAUCUUCUUAGAGGCAGCUUGAACCCAAAGGAAUUUCCAACUUAUGAAUACAUAAAAUUCGUAGGAAAUUUUCGCUCUUACAACAAUGUGCCUAGCCCCUCUUGUAACGGCUUCGAUAGCACCCUUUCAAGGCCCUGCCGGGUGCCGCUGGGAAAGGAGGUCUGCUUCAUCGCCACCGUGCGUCUGGCAACGCCCCAAUUCUUAAAGGAAAUGUGCAUAGUUGACGAACCCUUAGAGGAAUUCACUUCAAGGCAUAGCUUGGAAUGGAAAUUUUUAUUUCUGGAUCACAGAGCCCCUCCGAUCAUAGGAUACCUGCCUUUUGAAGUUUUGGGGACCUCGGGCUAUGACUACUACCACAUUGACGAUCUGGAGCUCCUGGCCAGGUGCCACCAGCACUUGAUGCAGUUUGGUAAAGGGAAGUCCUGUUGCUACCGGUUUCUGACCAAAGGGCAGCAGUGGAUUUGGCUGCAGACACACUACUACAUCACGUACCACCAGUGGAACUCCAAGCCCGAGUUCAUCGUGUGCACACACUCGGUUGUCAGCUAUGCGGACGUCCGGGUAGAAAGGAGGCAGGAGCUGGCUUUGGAAGACCCACCGCCCGAGGCCGUCCACCCUGUGGCACUAAAGGACAAGGGCUCCAGCCUGGACCCUCAACAGCACUUUAAUGCACUUGACGUGGGCACCUUGGGCCUUAAUACCAGUCACUCGCCAUCAGCGUCCUCCAGAAGUUCCCACAAAUCCUCGCACACGGCCGUGUCAGAACCCGCCUCUACUCCAAGCAAGCUGAUGGCAGAGGCCAGCGCCACCGCUUUGCCAAGAUCGGCCACGCUGCCCCAAGAGCUCCCCGUGCCAGGGCUCAGCCAGGCCUCCAUGCCGGCUCCCCUGCCAGCCCCAUCGUCCUGUGACCUCACACAGCAGCUCCUGCCCCAGACCAUCCUGCAGAGCCCCUCUGCCCCCAUGACACAGUUCUCAGCGCAGUUCAGCAUGUUCCAGACCAUCAAAGACCAGCUGGAGCAGCGGACACGGAUCCUGCAAGCCAACAUCCGGUGGCAGCAGGAAGAGCUCCACAAGAUCCAGGAGCAGCUCUGCCUGGUGCAGGACUCCAACAUCCAGAUGUUUCUACAACAGCCAGCUGUAUCCCUGAGCUUCAGCAGUGCCCCAAGGCCUGAGGCUCAGCAGCAAGUCCAGCAGAGGUCGGCCCCAAGCUCCCAGCCCCAGCUUGUGACCAGCCCUCAACUUCCCGGGCAGAUCGCUUCUGCCCAGGUGGCAAACCAGCACCUGCUCAGAGAAUCCAGUGUGAUAUCGACCCAAGGUCCAAGGCCAAUGCGAAGCUCGCAGAUGAUGCAAGGAAGCGGUCACUCGGUGAACAGCUUGACGUCCCAGUUCAGCAGUGCCGCGGCGGUGCUCCCGCCAGCUCUGAGCCUAACCACACUCGCUUCUGCCUCCCAGGAUGGCAGCCAGUGCCAGCCCAGCCCAGACUUCAGCCAUGACCGGCAGCUCAGGCUAUUGCUGAGCCAGCCCAUCCAGCCCAUGAUGCCUGGGUCCUGCGAUGCGAGGCAGCCCUCAGAGGUCAGCAGGACUGGACGGCAAGUCAAGUAUCCACAGAGCCAGGCCGUGUUUCCAAAUGCAGACAUGCACACCACCAGCAACAGCGCCUCGCCCCCCGUCCUGCUGAUGGGACAGGCGGUGCCCCAGCCCAGCUUCCCCGCCUCCAGGCAGUCGCCCCUGCAGCCCGCACAGGCCCAGCAGCAGCCACAGCACUUCCUGCAGGUGCAGGCACCAACCUCUCUGCACAGUGAGCAACAGGACUCUCUACUUCUCUCCACCUACUCGCAGCAGCCAGGGACCCUGGGCUACCCUCCACCGCCCCAGUCCUCACGCCCUCCCCGAAGGGUCAGCAGCCUCUCUGAGUCCUCGGGCCUCCAGCAGCCACCCCGGUAGAGCCCUGGCAUGUUCAUCGGGUCACAAUCAGCUUUAACCAAUGGACGGACCAUGGGGGUGGCCACAAGAUUUGGGGAGAGGAGUUGAAACCCUUGGCUUUUGUGCACACUGCAUACAUUUCAGAACUCCUGGAUGGUAACCAUCUCCAGAGCACAGUGGCUGGCACGCGGAAAAUGAUCAGAAUACUAGCCGUGUUUCCCUAGCCUCUGUGUUUCUCGGGCACGCUCUACAGCCAUACUCGGAUGGGAAACAAGUGCCCCCACGUAAGUGUUGUUACUCAGUUCACCUAGCAGAUGGCACAGCUGGGCGCAUCCUCCCCGAGAGCACGCUGGUCCCUCUGGCCGGCUGUGGUGCGUCCACACUUGCUAGCUGGCCUUCACUCUCUUCAUCCUCUUUCCUUGGCAUUCCAGAAGCACUGGGUCAGAGACCUGUUGAAGAGAGAGAAUAAAGAGAUUAUUUUUCAUUAUUUUUAAAUGGUGGCUUUUGUUUUAAUUUGCACAGCUGCACAGAGGAGAUAACUUAGGCACUUUCAGGUAUUAAAAAUAAGUAGGUCUCGUGACUUCACUUGGAGACCACAGGAUCAAAAACAGCCCACCAAUCAGAUGGCAGAGCCGGUGGUUCUUAACCGGACCACAGACCUAUGCCCUCUGGCCUGGAACCCAACGGAAGGAGGCUCUUUCUGGUGAUUAUUGUCUCCCCUGAAUAUAACACUGGACUGUUCCUGUUUACUUCCUUGAUUGCAACUACAAAGGCGGACUCAAAGCAAAGCACAAUCACGCAGCUGAUAUUCCAGAAUUCUAUCCAGACCUCCGAGACAGAAUUGGAGGAAGAGGUUUCCCAGGCCAGGUAGGCCCGUGGAGCUCCGGGUCCCCGAGGAAACCCCAGCACGCGCCGGCCCCUUGAGUCAGAAUGCUGCACCUUUCUAUAGAUCUUUCGUGAGAAGAUCGAGGAUUGGAUUCUCCUUUUCAAAAUGCACUUUGCUUUUUUUGUAUGUUUUGUUAUGUUGAGAUGUUUCUAAAGAAAAGAUUUUAUGUAAUUAAAAGACAAAGUGUAGUGAAUUGUACAGCUGUUGUAAUAAUGACCUAUUUCUAUAUAAAAUAAAAUUGUAUGAAUUAUGUGUAAAUUA